AUGUCAAGCGAGGUCUUGCGCGAGCUCAAGCGGAUCCAGGCGAUGCAAGAUGAGAUCUUUGAGGAACACGUCAGGCUCGACCGAGACGCCCAGAAGGACGGCAUGCUCGAAGACAAAGGGGAUGACCAGCUCCGUGCCGACUUUCACGAGCGCAAGGUCCGCCUCGAAGCACUGAUGGACAAGCUUGGCGACCUAUCUGCUGCUGCCGAACGCUUUCACGAGCUACCCGCGACGACUGCCGGUCUGCCGGUCGACGAGCUCCUGGCUGACAAGGUUGAUAUCAAGACAUACACGUGA